AUGCUCCGAAACUCAGAGCUGAAAGGAAUCGACAUACCCAGGUGUAGAGAGUCUCUGAAAGCGACUUUGUUCGCAGACGAUACUACAGUCUUCCUGGCGGAGGAAGACGAUUUUGCGGAUCUCCAACGGAUCCUCGACACAUGGAAAACUCAAAUCAUCCCAAUCGGCGCCCCAACCUACCGGAAGGAGCUCCUGAGAGCCCACGCAGCAGGCGAGAUCCCCAAGAACUACCCUAGUGAUGUCCACAUGGCCCAAGACGGAGAGGCGACGAGAGUCCUCGGAGCCUGGAUAGGAAACGGAGUGGACGAUGAAGGGGUCUGGACCCCAGUCCUCGCCAAAGUCGCAAAAACACUGGAAAGGUGGACAAUAUCGCACCCAACGCUCGAGGGGAAAAGACACGUCGUCCAAAUGUUCCUAGGGGGCAUGACUCAGUUCUUGACCGACGUCCAAUGCAUGCCAGACCUGGUACGCAAAUGCCUGAACAAAAUAACGUCAGCUUUCCUCUGGAACGAUAGGCAGACACCCCCGAUAAACCGAGAAACCACCUACCUACCCUUCGAAUUCGGAGGCAUGCAAAUCCUCGACCUCAAGUCAAGGAACGAAGCCAUCGCUAUUAUGUGGCUCAAAGAAUACUUGACGUUCAACGCCAAAAAACCGUGGUGGACCUACCUAGCAGACGACAUUUUUGCAUCGCAAGUGAGCCUAGAUCAGUGCCCUCGCGAACACCACCUGAGGCUCAACCCUUUCCUACAAGCCUGGAAGCCGAAACUAUUAGCCCUCCCACCGGCGCUGCGUGAACUGGUCACAGUCGCGGAGAACUACAACCUACGGAUGGAGGGCCUCGCCUUUUCAAGACACAUCCUCUGGAGCCUACCAAUGUGGGCCCACGGUGAACCCCCAAUGACCCGUGACGACCCAUAA